CAUUUUGCAGAUAGCAUCAAUCUAUUUCUGUCAGCUUUUAAAUACCACCAUGAUGGAGAAGUUCUCGUUUCUGCUGUUUCCAGAGUCUCCAAGAUGAAUACUACAGCAAUGAGCCCACUCACUGUUACUCCACUAAGUUUUGUUCCAGACUUAAAAAAUUCCACCCUUGAUCCUCUCAAUGAGACUGCAUGUGAGAACUGGAAAGAGAUUCAUCAUCUUGUUUUCCACGUGGCAAACAUUUGCUUUGCAGUUGGACUGGUUAUUCCAACUACUUUGAAUCUUCAUAUGAUUCUUCUGCGAGGCCUGCUCACCAUAGGAUGUGCAUUAUUCAUCAUUUGGGCUACGCUCUAUCGUUGUGCCUUGGACAUUAUGAUCUGGAAUUCUGUGUUUUUGGUUGUCAACCUUUUGCAUUUCAUAUACUUAGUGUAUAAAAGAAGACCGAUCAAGAUAGAGAAGGAGCUUAGCAGCCUCUACAAGAGAAUGUUUGAACCUCUCCAUGUGCCUCCAGAGCUCUUCCAAAGACUAACUGGACAAUUUUGCAACAUUCAGACUUUGAAGACAGGUCAAGCCUAUGCAGCAGAAGAUAAAACAUCAGUUGAUGAUAGGCUAAGCAUCCUGCUGAAGGGGAAAAUGAAGGUGUCUUAUCGAGGGCAUUUUCUGCAUAAUAUUUACCCCUGUGCCUUUAUAGAUUCUCCUGAAUUUCGAUCAACGCAGAUGAACCGGGGUGAGAAAUUCCAGGUCACCAUUAUUGCAGAUGAUAACUGCAAGUUCCUGUGCUGGUCCAGGGAACGGCUGACUUACUUUUUGGAGUCUGAGCCAUUUCUUUAUGAGAUCUUUAAGUACCUUAUUGGCAAAGAUAUUACAAAUAAACUUUAUUCAUUGAAUGACCCAACCUUAAAUGACAAGGCUUCAAAGAAGAUUGAUCGACAGCCCAGCCUUUGCUCUCAGCUCUCUGUGAUGCAGAUGAGGAACAGCAUGGCCAGUACCAGUGACAGCGAGGAUGGCUUGCAGAUGUUUCUUCGGGGGACUUCCUCUGCAUCCUCUCUUCUGACAGGUCCAGCAGAGCGCCUUCCCUAGUUGACUCAUCGAUCACUUGUGCGAAGAAAUUGUCUGCUGCGUUCCAGAAAUCUCCUGGACUGCCUGCUCCCAGCUCUGUUGCCUUUCCACCAGAUACCGGGGUGGCUAAAAUUCCCCACGAGCACCAUGGCCUGUGAUCCAGUUGUUGGAAGAAGGCUUCCUUCUACUUGCUCUUCUUGAUCAGGCAGCCUGUAGCCGACUCCUGCCACGAAGUCUCCUCUGUUGGUCUGUUCUCGGAUCUUUAUCUUAAAACCCUCUAGUGGCUUUUCACCUGUUCCACGCACAGCAAAGUUCCAUGAAAUUCAAGCCGCUUCCUGAAUAGAGAGCCUUCGGGUGAAUUUGCACACUCAGAGAGAAAUUGUAAAACUGUGUUUGUGCAGUUAGUUAGAAUUAAAAUGCCUCUUUCGGACUUAACAGCAAAACUCUUACACCAGUAUUUCAGCUUUGGGAGAGAGUAAUUGAAAUGCAUGACAAGUUCAGCUGUAAUUAUGUAAAUCCGCAAGAUGCAUUUGUGCUUAGCACAUACUUGAUAAAUACACUUUUCUCUGCUGUACUUUUCCUUGGUUUGUGUACCUUUUUUUUUGUAUACAGGGUGUGUUUUCCCCAAGAGAUACGGGGUUUAUGUUCUUUUGUAUUCUUAAAUUCCUCAGCCCAGCUGAGGCAGCAGCCUCCCAAAUCCAGUAUUUUCCCUUACUUUUGGGGAGGCAGAGGGAUUGCCCCUACACCAGUGCAACACACACCAUGGAAAGUAUUGUUAUUUAUUCGUCUUUGUAUUCCGAUUGUGAAAUUUCUGACUUCUGUAAAAGGUUUGUUCGUCUCCUUGAACUGUAAUGCUUCAAUCUUUGUUUUUGCCAAGAUAGCAUGUUAAUUAUUCCUGGGUACUGUCAUUGCUAAUGAUGGGGUUGCUGCCAAGGUGAGCUCUGCAUAAAGAUUUGUAUUCAGUGUGGAUUGUGGCAAUGUAUGCACUUCUUUUCAGAUCACAGGGAAAACUGAAAAAUCUGCCAUUUACGUUGCCACUGCUGUGUUUUCAGAAAUCUUCUGCUGGGUGCUCUCAGUGCAAUAGUUGGGGUAUUUUUCUGUCUGUUUUGUUUUUUAAGAUUUAGUAUAAGGCACAUGUUGAGGCUCACAGUUCCGGUGCUGUUCCCUGGAUCCUCCUUCUACGGGCAUACAUUUGUUUAUUGAGAACAAACAAACACAAUCCAAAAUCCUCAAAAGAUUUUGUGACAAACGUAUGGAAAUGACAAACUUUUUUUUUUUUUUUUUUUUAAUUAGAAUAAAAAAACUAAUGAAGGGAACUUACCUGUAUGGGAAAUCUACAGGAAUACUGUUUUGUCAUUGCUAGGUGAUUGUUGCGUGGACAAAAGCCUCUCACUACAAAUGUAAUUUUUGACUAUUACAAUGCAAAUAAGUUUUCUUCUCCUAAUUUCCAUCUUCUUGAAAAAAAUGAGCAUUUA